CUUCCGGUAUACCAACUGACAGGAAUUUGGGAAAACCAACGAUGUUCGCAAACGACGACAAAUUUCUAAACAUCACAAUGAAUGAAAUGAUGAUGUACCUGUAACAGGAAGAGAGAAAACUAAACAGAACAGACUGGGAUUUGAACCCAGCGCCAUUGAAUCUCUACUCAUCAAACUAAGCUUUUUGGCCACUGACCAUCAAAAUCAGCUAACAGGAACAAAUCAUCCUAUCAUUUCUGCAUUAUGCUCAUUUAUUUCAAGCACCUGAUAUACCUGUACUUUCUAGAUUCAUCAAAAUAUGGAGCACCACCAUCAUAUGAAGAGGCAACAUCCAACAACCCAGAGGGCCCACCAGUCCAGGGCUACGCCCCAGUGCAGAGCACAUUUAAUGGGCCUGUAGGGGCUCCAGGAGUACCACCUUACCCAGUGACUUCUGAAGGUGUAGGGGGGUUCACCUUUCCUCAGUAUCCAACAUAUCCUUCCAGUUAUCCUGCCAGCCAUUAUCCACCUCAGUCAGGUUACCCUGUCGCCAACACCACAGGUCAAACAUGUGCGGGGCAGUAUGGUCAGCAAUACUUAACAGAUACAUAUGCACGAAUGAGAAGGAGGAAGAUCAUUUUCAUGACCCUGUUCAUAUUUAUAAUGAUUCUGGUGAUAUUUGCCAUAACUCGGUGGCUUCUGACGUAAACAUUGAAGUGUUGGAACUUGAGACCAGAUGUGUACCUAGUCAGAGAAAAUGGGGGUGGAUUACCCGAGGGAUAGAAGCGAAUAGUCGUACAAUAAUAUGCAUUAUUAUUAUAAUGUGUGAAUAUCUAUCCAAGUAUCUUCAUACAUAAUUAACUGUUAUAAUAUCAUUGAUCUGCAAUUUACCCCUGAUACACUUUGAAUUGAUUUUUUCUUCACUUUCGUUGUAUGCAACUUGAAGAUUGUCAUAGCUCAUGGGAAAUAGUGAUUGGAAAAGAAUUUACAUGUACAUUUGUCUUUGGAAAUUACUGAGUGUGUAUUGCCUUUGAUUGCACCCACAAUUAAAUUAUAAUCAAUAGUAAGUAUUCCAUAAACUUGGACUUGGCUGUAACAUUUACUUAGGGAAUAAAAGUGCAAAAAAGCAAAAUAGUUAAAAUCUUACACAUGAUAAGAGACUGUCAUCACAAAAAUAUAUGAGGUAACUCCAUACUCGCAUUUUCAUCUGAUAAAAGUAUAGAAAGUGUAUUUAUUUCUAUUUUUUAGAGUUCAAACUGAUCGAUUGUGAAGUAAGAUAUAUAGAUCAUUGCACUUUUUAAGAUGCGAGACAUGCAUAAAUAUUAAGAUUAUAUGUCAACGUCAGAAAAUUGCAAUUUUCCUUCAACAGCAUUAUAAAAAAUUUCACAAAAACUGGUUAUGACGAUAUAAUAUCGUACAAGUUGAAUUCUUGCAAGACGAAAAUUUAUCGAUUAUCCCAUAGAAAAUGGAUAUAUAUAUUUAUCAAGAACUAAAUUUAGUGACUUUAUAAUUUCAAGAAAGAUAAUCAUUACCUAAGAUACAAAUAAUUUGUGUUAGCAAUAUUAAAUUUUAGCAAUAUCAAUACCCUCACUAAUAAUGCUGAAAUUAGAUCCUCUCUAAAAGUUCUGCUUACAUGGUAGUAUUCAUAACAAUUUCAUGAACCGUUUCUUUACAAAAACAUGCAGAAUGUCUGCGAAAAAUAAAGAAAAUCUGCAUAAUGGACUUGAUAAAAGAAAUCAAUUGAAAACAGAGUUAUUGCCCUUGGAUUCAAUAAUUUGAUUAUAUAGUAAUAUAUAUAUAUAUAUAUAUAUAUAUAUAUAAAUAUAACACUUUUAACUUUUAAAAUAUCUUAUGCUUAACAAGAUUUUUACAAUAACUAACAGAAAAGACCCCAACAAGAUUUAUUUUACAAUCAUGCAUAGAUCUAAAUAAAUCAUUGAUAUUUUGCUAAAUCUUAUGACAUCACAUGGUGAUGGAAUUACUUGAAGUGUGUAAAACAUUGUAGAAAUUACGAAUUACAGUAUCUGUGACGACAAUGUCAAUAAGCAAAAUCUAUUUUAAAUAUUGUUUGUUAAAAUUAUUAUACCAAAUAAUUCACUUCAUUUGCAUUGCAUAGAUCCCUGUGUUAAGGCAUACCACAUAAACUGUAGAUUCCUAAUCAUACACGAGGAAUUUAUUAUCGCAUAAUUUCGUAGAGAGGCAUCACUUAUGAAAUAAAAUUACUCGCUUUUAAUUUUCUGUUGAUAAAUUACAUGUAAGAACUCUUGAUUAAGAAAUGACAUGCAAAUUAAUGUUCACCUAAUUUGACGCAUAGCAGUCAUUUUGCCAUAUCAAGUACUCGCAUAAAAUAAGGAAUCUACAGUAUUUAAUCAGAUAUGCAAUUCUACAUGCAUCUAUUGUUUGAUACUUUGUUGUUAUUUUACAUUACCUGACUACUUUUGUUUUGAUUCACAAUACCUGUAGAUUACCUGUAAAUCCAGAGAUUGCUUCAUGUUUCUAUUUACUGAAUCUUAUCUUUACAAUAAGACCUGGCUCCGGGCCAUAAACUUAGACGAGCUUACUUUGGAGAUUUAGAAAAAAUCUCACUUUCUCAUCUCAACUUAGACCGUCUCACUUUUGGUGUGCCAUAAAGCUAGUUUUAGCUCAUUUAGCAAUUUCUAACUUGAGACAGAAACCGAGAUCAAAACCAUGGAAACUGAGCAGGAAAUGGGUUGAAUUAUGGGAUGUGUUGUUUACAUUUCAUUUAUUGCAAUGCCAUGCCCUCUAAAUAUUGUGCAAUGCAUGGAAAAUUAAAGAAAUCUUGUACAAACAAAAUACUGCUGGGUUUUUUUGUUUUUGGUUUUAUUUUAACUUUUACAACUUUUCUAUUGUUAUGUCAAAUUUGACGUUGUUGAUGUCAAUUACGUCGUUUCAUCUAUAAGUCAGCUGCUAUUAAAACGCUAUGGCCGAAGAUGGGAUAUCGCUAAUCUAAUUUUAAAGCAGCAACCAUGAUAACAAACGGCAUAUCACCCGAGCAGCUCUCCCUGUCGCUGACUUUGAAAUCCCAAGAGACUCUCCGACAAUGUUGGUAAAACAAGCCAGUAGGCGAGAAAUCUCAGGGCGGCGAGGACUUGUAGCAAAGGGGGUAGGGAACAAUUCCGAUGGGUCUGUCUCUGUAAAGCAUCAAAUCCUAAGCCAACAAUCCACAGAAUUGUAUCUGGACGAAACGGAAGCGAAUGAAAACUUCUUCACAUUCCAAAUCCUCUAGGGGAUUGGAUCUAUCUUGAAAAAUCCGGGGCUGGGGCACUCUCCUUCUCCUACGGAUGAUGUUAUACCGAUUCAAUCGGGCAGCUGCGGAAGCCAUAUUGAAAGUGAGAAGAAAAAAACCACAGAGUUAAGACACCUUUCCAGCGAUCUAACUUUCUGAGCUCAUAAGUGAGAUCAAACUAGAAAUAUGAAAUUGAGACAAGAAUUUUUUAUGGCACACCAAACUUGAGACUUAGACUGAAAUCUGAGACGGUCUCAGAUUUCGGUCUCAAAAGUGAGCUAGCUAAGUUUUAUAGCCCCAGAGCCUGAUUUUCAUUUUAAAUAUUUUUAUUUCUACUCAGAAAUCUUAAUAAAAUGUUAUAUUCCA